GGGUGUACUACGAGGGUUCGGGUCAAAAAAGAAGAAAAGAAAAAAAGAGUGUACUUGGGUUCGGCGAUCCGCCGUGUCGCUGACCACUCACCGAUCGGUCCCGGAGCCGGCGGCGACCGCGAUGCCCGGGAAGAAGAAUGCGGAGCCGGCGCCUGCCGCCGUCCCGCCCCAGCCCGCGCCGAUGCCGCCUGUCAAGGUGUUUAGGUUGAACGAUGGCGGUGGAUGGGACGACUAUGGGGCCGGCCGUGUCACCAUCGACCACCUCGAGGGAUCGGCAUCGGAGAAGGAGAUCGCUCUGGCUGUCAUAGACGCGGAGAAUAAGGAGACGAUGCUCUUGCAUCUCAUCACCCCGGACGACAUUUACCGGAGGCGCCAAGGGACGUUCAUCUCGUGGUUCGAUCCCGAGACCGGCUUGUCCAUCUCCUUGAGCUUCCUAGACGCGGCGGCGUGCUCCAAUGUGUGGGACACCAUCUGCCAAGUGCAGAGAAAACUGAGGCCUGAUGGUUGGUAGUGGCGCCGAUGGUAGCUCCUCAAGAAACAGUUUGCCCUAUGAAGUGAAGCUAAUGAGUUAGGAAAUUUACCAAUGAAAAUUAACCUCUGUUGUUUUCUUCAGGAUUUAUUGAAUUAGGAUGCCCUUUUUUCGCAGCGCCAUGUGCAGAGCACACACCGUCAAUUUUAUGUAAUAAUAAACAUCACCUCUGUUGUGAUUAUUAUUUUUGAGCUGCAUCAA